CCCACCUGCAACGGCCGGGCGCGCGCGGGCUGCUGGGAAGGGGGUGGGCCCGCUGGCCAGCAUGGCGCACAAGCAAAUCUAUUACUCGGACAAGUACGAUGACGAGGAGUUCGAGUACCGGCAUGUGAUGCUGCCCAAAGACAUCGCGAAGCUGGUGCCCCGGACGCACCUGAUGUCGGAGUCAGAGUGGCGCAACCUGGGCGUGCAGCAGAGCCAGGGCUGGGUGCACUACAUGAUCCACGAGCCCGAGCCGCACAUCCUGCUGUUCCGCCGCCCGCUGCCGAAGAAGCCGGAGAAGUGAUGCCUCUGCCCUGGUGUGCUGCCUCUCCCUUUACCCUGGCUCUCACUGGAAAGCGCCUUUUCUGCUCCUCUUCCCCGUCCUCGGUGUUUGGAGACAUUGUUUGGAAAUGCUUUCUGAGGCUGGUGUCUGCAGCCGAGGAAAUGUCAGCCUGACUGGCCUGAUCAGCAGGGCUGGUGGAGGAGGACUUGGCUCUGUGACACCCAUGAUUCCUGCCUGCUGAGGGGUGCAACUGUAGAGGACACCUGGUGGUGGUGGGGGGCACAGCUCUGUGCUGCUACCCCAGGCCCUGGCUCAGGCUGGGGUGCACUGUGCCUGCCAUCGGCACAGACAUGGUACUGCCACCCCUGCCACCCUGGACCCUGUCUUCUGCUGGGAGGGCAGCCACGUGCCCACCAUCAGCGCAGAGAGCUGGGG